AUGAAACAGCAUGCCGUUGCCAUUCCAGAGAAGAUUUCAUUCAUUGAGGAGCGAAUUGGUAGCGGAAAUACGCUCGUUCGUAUACUGAAGGACGCUGACAGUUUUGCCACUGUGCGGCUACUCCGCAGAGGCUGUCGUCGGUAUCGAUUCGACAAAGACCUUGGACCAGACUCAUAUUAUGCCGGAAUCGACGGGGGCAUAUUCUCUCCUUGCUAUAUCCGUUACCCAAAUCGCAGAAGGCACCUGGAUAUGGGCAAUCACUAUGGUGGUAUUCUUUUUGGCAUAGGCAACACUAACAAAGCUGGUGGACUUAUCAUUCCACCUAUUGACGUGCUUCGAUCUCAACAACUGUCAUUCCUUAAAUAUCAGUGUCUAGAAAAUGACACUGAACAGUCAAACACCGACGAAUUUCGGCCUGUAUCUGAAGAGGAUAGAAAUGAGUUCCUGUUGCAGCAGAACUCCAAUUUCAAGCAUGGUCGCGCUUGCCAUGUCCUGAUUGAAAACCAAAAUCUGACCAUCGAUUAUCUUUCUUUGGAGCAAACUUCGCCAAACAGCUGGACAGGCUUCCGCAUGAUGAUGCCCAAGCUGGCAGGAAAGAUUGUGCCAAAAGGCCUUAUAGAUGAGAUAUCUUGCUUUCUCGCAAUGUAUCCUCGGGACAUCCUCCCCCCAACCUUUGCUCUGGCUAUGUGCAUUGUAUGGUGUCGCAUACGCUCGGACCCAGAUUGUCAACCUGAAUUGGCUGUCAAAAAGGUUCGAAUUGUCGACGGAGACAUCAAACGCCCAGUUCCCUACACUGAUCUUGCAGUUUUUCUUCUCUAUUCCGCCCACUUUUUCCGCUUUCACGAGGAACACAAACUGGCGGCGUACGGUCACAUUUUCAGAUACGCCGACUUGAUGUACAAGAAAGACAUCAGCCAUGACAAGGCAUUUAACAUUGUUUCCAGCCAAAUCUGCGAGGAAAAAAUUAUCAAACACGUUAAUAUGAUGAAUCUUGCCGACAAGGACUGGUUGGAGAUUGUUCCACCCUCGUGGGAGGGUUCGACGCUUACUAUGCCAGCCAACAGUGGCCCCAGAGCCCCUAGGUCCAAGGAGACCACGGUCUCACUUAUGAUGCCAGACAUUUACACUCUGGGCUUCCCGAAUUAUCAGAACCAACUCAAGAAGGAUUAUGGAGAUGUACUGCAAGAAAUAAGAGUCCAUAAACUCUGGGUUCCGAAAUAUGUUCUCGACAAAAGCGGUGUACCCUCAGAUGAACAACAGAGUCGCUUUUCCCCUAAAGAACUACGGCGAUAUCACAAAGGCAACAUAAAUCAGCUUUGGACCGUGCCAGUCACAGAAGCUAACUUGCUCAGCGUUCAGCAACAGUUAAUUCUUCUGAAUCUCCUGAAGGAGGAUAUGGCAGAUGACAAGAACAUAGCAGAAUGCCUCCGACCACUAAAAGAGUUGAUGAUUGCCAAGGGCAAACAUUUGACCAAGUCACUAGCUAUGGAGCUUAUGAGAGUCCACAGCAAGUUGAUGAGAGAUGAGGUGGACAAGAUCAAGGCUUUCGGACAGGGAUCCGAUAAAGGACACGGCACGUUUACUGACCAGGUCCUCAAGCCUUGCUGCCUGCUUUUGGGAAUUGUGUUUCCUGAAACUCCUGAUGCGGCUAUGAAAGCAAUCGGGCGUCUGGACGAAGAGCUCGAUAAGGCCAUUGCAACCGCCAAGUUUCUUCACUCCGAAGGUUGUCAGGACGCUAGAAUAAUGCAGGCUGCCAGUCAGAAGCUGCUCGAUUCCCAGAGUCUUUUAUACGCUUCUCGAUUCAUCUUGUUCCUUGAGAGGCUGUCUGGGGUUGAGCUCAGUGCGGCUGAUGAGGAACGAUGGACAAGAUUGUUUGGACAGCCGUACCGAGCAAACUAA